CAUAGUAAGGUUGUAGUGUCGCGCGUACGGUCCAUUUUUUGUUUACCUUGUAAUUUUUUAAGUUUGAAUGGAUCAAAUCGUGAACUAAAUUAUGUUUCUUUGUGAAUUAAAUUAAAAAAGAAGAACUAUACGCCUCGUCAACGUUUAGAAUUUAUACCAUAAGAUGUAUAUCAAACAGGUUAGUAUAAAUUAACAUACCUAUUGACAAAUAUUGAAAUUUCAUAUGGCCGUCCACAGAAAUAAGUUUGAUAUAUAUAUAUAUAUAUAUAUAUAAAUCCAAACAAUUAUUCAAUUCAUAUUAAAACACUUUUUUGUUACAAUCAUUUUGUUUCAGUUUAUAUAAUAAUCGUAUAAUAAAUUCUAAUCCCUGAGUAGUUACGUUAUGAACUUGUGAAAUAUAAAGUUAACUAUAACGUAAAACUAUUUAUUUUGUAAAAUUAUAUUUUUAUUUAUAAGUAGAUUGUAGGUACACAUGGUUGCACAUAAAUAUAUGUUUAACAGAAAAUUCAUUAAAUUAAUUAUUUUUAUGGAGAAAAAUAUUAAUAAAUACUUAAUAUUUGGGACUUAUUAUUUAUAUAAAGUACUUAUACAUAUUAUGUAUUAUGUAACUUUUAUUUACCUAUUUGAAAUAUCAUUAAUAGAAAUUAUUCAAGUAUUAUUUCAAAUUAAAUUAAUAAUAGAAUUUAGUUUAGGUACCUAUACUUAUUUUAAAUAUUAACUUUUAAAUUGUUUAUAAUUUAUUUAUUAACAAUUCUCUACUAUUAUCAGAUUUUAUUUAUUAUUUUAUGUCUAUACUGAUGAUCAGACUUAGCACAUCGGUAUUUCUUAGUACUCAGAAAGAGUAAACACUGUAGUAGGGGUGACUAAUUUUGUACAGAAAUAAUGUACCUAUUAGUAUAUAGGUAUAUUUCACUUGGAUAUAUAAUGCAAUUAUUUGAUGUUUUGUUAUAAAGUCCAUCAAACUUUAAUCAAAUAAUUAAGUCAAAAAAAAAUAAACACUCUUUUGCUAAUGAUUUUACAGUUUAGGGCAUAGUAAAUUUAAAAUAGUAAAUAAUUUGUAUAUUAAUUUAUUCUAUUCAAAGAUUAAUAUUAAGUAGAAUAUAAUUCUAACACGUUUUUUUAAUAACAUGUUUGUGUGGUUUUUUAUAGGUUAUAAUACAUGGCUUUAAAAGCUAUAGAGAACAAACUGUAGUGGAACCAUUUGAUAAAAGGCACAAUGUUGUGGGUAUGUAUAAUUAUUAAUAACAUUAAAUUUGUGAAUGUAUUUUUCUUUGUCACUUUUAUCUUUGAUUUAUUUUUUAAAGAUCUAAAUAAUUUAUUCAAAUGAGAUAGUGAUUAGUUUAAAUUUGUUCAAAUUAAAAUUAACAAUAUUUUAUUGAAUAAUUUUGUAUAAAUAUCACAUUCUCUACUUUGCUUUGAAAAUACAUUCAAACAAAUUUACAAAUCAAGUUUUUUUUAAUUUUUUUAAAAUAAAAAAGUGUUCUUAUAAUUUAACUUUUAAUUUAUCAGUAAUAUAAAUGAAAUUACUAGUACUCUGACAAAAUUUUUCUUUUGGUUUUUUUAAGAUUUAGUUUAUUGAUCAUGAACUGCUGAUCACAGUUUCAAAUUGGUUUCCAGUCAAAUAAAUUGUAUAAAAAAUGUAUAUCGGUUUAUAUUUUUUUUUCUGCUUCUUCUUCUCUUUCGUCUUUAUCCAAACUAUUUGGGGUGAGCCACCCUUUUUCCAAACUUACAAUUGAUCAGAUAUUCCACCUCGCAUAUGUCUGAUAUUAACAUAUUAUUCUCAAUUGUAUCUAGCCAUUUUCUUCAUUCCUUCCUACUGUGUUUAUUAUCAUAACAAUGCUUGUUGCUUAAGAUUCCUAUUCUAUGACAUGUUCAAACCAUCUUGGAUUAUUUCUUAUCAAAACCAUGCUUAAGCUACUUCUUAUGUUUUCAUUCCUUAUUUUAUAUUCUCUCAUCAUUUCAAUCAUCCACCUUAAUAUUAUCAUCUCUACUAUAUCUAGUUUCUAUUCUAUUAUUCUGUCUACCAUCCAGCACUCCAAACUAUACAACAAAGUUGGUCUCAUCACAGUUCUGUAGAACUUUAAGUUUUUUUGGAAUUUUCUUGUCACCUGAAACAUAAAACACUUGACAUUUCUCUUUGCUUUAUUUUACCACAAGUAAUUAUAUAUGUUUCACAUGGUCUUAAAAGUUACUGUUCUUUUGUAUAAAAGAUCAAGGUACUUCAACCUCGCCUAUAACAGUUUAUUUUCAUUAGUUGUCUUGUCCAGUUCCUCCAAACUUAUACUCAGGUUUACUUUUAAUCCUAUUCCUGAAGUUUAUUGUUAGCUUAUUUCAGAUUUUCUUUUAUCACAGAUAUAUCUUCAAAACAUCAUAUGCCAUGAUAAAUCCUCUCACCUAAUGUCACAUCCGAGAUAAAGCAGUGGACCAAAGUCUUGGUUAGAACUUUUACUGUUUGACAGAAUUUUACAGAGGCUGAUGCAACUAAAUUUGUGGCCUAUUGCAACCGUACUGUGGAAAUAUUCUGAUCCCCUCCCAUAGGGAGUAUUUUCUCCUGUAUGUAAUACAAACAAAUUUUCCUUGAAUAUUAUUAAAUAAUUUAUUGUUAUAAAUUAUAAUUUGUUUUCUCCUGUUCCAAUAUAUUCAAAAUUUUACUUAAUAUUUGUUAUUAUAUUAUAUUAAAUAUUGUAACUCGUAAAGUUAAAUAGGAGUAAAUAAGCAAACGCAUUUUAAAAUUAAUUGGAUUUUCAGAAAACUCCUUAUCCUUACUUACAUCUAUAUUCUAUAUUCACUUUAAACACAUUUCAUCCAAUGAUAUAGAAAUUUAUAAAUUAAUUUAAGUAAGAAGAGAGUCAUACACAUAUACAUAGACCACGUAACACAAAUUUUAAAAAAGCCAUGCAAAAUCGCAUAAUUGGUAGGCCACUGUUGUAGGUGGGAAGUUGGGAAUGUAGGAUAUAGACGGACAUUUAAUGUAUAUCUGUAAUUUAACAAAAUUUUAAUAAAAAUUAACCAUUGCUAAUGAAAAAAAAAAAAAAAAAUGAUUCUGAGCAGAGUUCAGUUAAAAAUGUUGUUUUGAUAUAUAUAUCAUAUUAUGGUAAAAUAAUUACAUAUAAAUUAAACAAUUUCUUUAAUAUUUUAUCUAUUUUCCCGGUCUUCCAGUUUUCCAAUAUUUUCCCCAUUUAAUAGGAAUACUCCUGGGAAUAUCAAAAAAAUGUCUUAUAUAGUACCAGUAAGAUUUUCUUUUAGAAAAAUUGUUACAUUUGUAAUUUGUAUUUCUAGUAGAAAAGUUAUUCACAGAUAAAUAAAAAAAGAAAUAAACAUUCUAAAACAAUAAGCUUCUUUACUCCACUCAGAAUCUAAAAAUAAGAAAACAGAUAAAUUUGAUUUUUAAAAAUUAGACCAGUGGUUUUCAUCCUGUCUAUAUUGUAAAUAUAGUAAAUUUAAUAAAGUGAACUUAUGUUUUUAUUGUGUUAUCAUUUGAGAGUCGCUAAUUUGGAUUUGAAAAUCAUAAGAGCCGCAGACCUGAAUAGGUUGAAAACCACUGUGUUAGAUUAUAACUUUCAUCUUUAAUAUUGAUCAAUUUUUAAUAUUUAUGUACUUAUAUUAUUAUAAUAUUUUUGAUUUGUAACAAUUUAUUUUAUCUGAAAUAAUACUAAAAUAAAAACACUGUGCGACAACUAAUAAUAAUAAAUUAGGCAUAUUUCCAAUUUAUGGGGCACCUUAAAUUUUAGAUUUUUUUAAAUUUAAUGUAUUCCUUUAAUACUGAAAAUAGUGGUAAGUGUAAACGGAAAUUGAGCGGAGUUCAAUUGAUAAUGAUACUUUAUCAACAAUAUACAGUGUGUUUCACUAAAAUGGUAACACAAAAUAUUCCUGUUCAGUGACCUCGGAUUAAACUGGAGUUUUUAAAAGAAAAUAGUAAAUACUGAAAUACCCAUUUUGCAUGGAUUUUCAAAUUUCUUUACCUUUCAGUAAGCGCAUGCUUAAUAAUACUUGCAUUUUUUUAAAUGGAAACACCUAUUUCCAACACUUGAUUUAGAUAAACCGUUUUUUUUUUUUAGUAACUUAUAUAAAUGGACUUUUCCCUUAACUUGAAAAUUGGCUGAAAUAAAGUUAGUUAAAGUUGAAACAAAAUUAUUUUCUAAUUAUUAAAUUAAUUUUAUUUUAAACAACUUAUUUACCAAAAAAUAUUCAUCAGUCAUCAUUAUCUCAUAAAUUGUAGUUGUUAGAUGAAGCCACGCCAGUGGCCAAGUCAGGCCAAGCUAUCGGUCCAUAUGUCUCCAUAUAAUGAUUUUCAAAUUUGCUACAUAAGUAUUGCCUUAAAAUAAUACUAUUGUGUCCGAGAGCACCAUCCUGUAAACAAGAUACAUUUUCUCUAAUAUCUAAUGGAACACUCUUACAAUGGUGGUAAAUAGUUAGAGAGAAAAUUCAAUUAUCUCCUUCCAUUUGAUGUUCCAUCAUAAAAAUAGGGGCCUAUUAUGAAACCUCCAUAAUUAAUCCACACCAUCUAUUUAUUGGAUGGGGACAUAUGGAUAGCUUUGCGUGGCAUUCAUCUGACUUGACGCCUUUAGAUUUUUUUUGUGGACAUUUAAAAACUAGUUUAUACUGACACACCAAUUAGUCCCCAGCAUUUUAAACAAAAAAUCACUGAAGUAUGCACACAAUUGAUGAACAAAUUAUGACAGCUACUGAAGAUGAAGUCAUAUGACUUUAUUCAGAAGUAUGUUUACAACAUAAUGUACAAAACUUUGAAUAAUUUAUAAGAUAAUGAUGAUUGAUGAGUAUUUUUUGUAAUAAAUUAUUUAAAAUAAAAUAAAUUUAAUAAUAGUAAUAUAAUUUUGUUUCAACAUUUUACUAGCUGUAUUUUGGACAAUUUUCGAAAUAAGGGAAAAGUCCAUUUAUAUAAGUUGUUUAAAAAAUGGUUUAUCCAAAUCAAGAGUUGGAAAUAAAUGUUUCUCUUUAAAAAAAAAAUGCAAGUUUUAUUUAUUACACAUGUGCACACUGAAAGGGUAAGAAAUGCUAAAAUCCAUACAAAAUGUGUAUUUCAGUAUUUUCUAUCCUCUCUUGAAAACCUCAUAUCAAUCUAAGAUCACUGGACAGAAAUAUUUCGUAUUAAUAUCUGAGUGAAACUGUAUAUUCACUGUAUAUGUCAUAUUAUGGUAAAAUAAUUAAAUAAGGAUUAUAUAUUUUCUUUAAUAAUAUUUGUUUAAUAUUGUAUCUAUUUUCCUGUUCUCCCCGGUUUCUCCGUUUUUCUGGUUUUUCCAAUAUAUUGAGAAACCGCCUGAGAAAAUUGAAAAACAACCUCCCUAAAGUACAACCCAAGUCAGAUUUUCUUUUAGACAAAGUGCUGUCAUUGUAAAUCAAAGUAAGUUUUCUGAUACAAAAAGUGUUCACAUAAAUAAAAAAAAUAAACCUUUUUGUAAAACUCAUAAAUUCUUCACUACAUUCAGAAUCUAAAAGCGCAUCACUUUUUCUAAUAUUUUAGAAUGCAAUGCCUUAAAAAAUGUUUACUCUAAAAAGUAGAAAUAUUUCAUAAAUUACUUAAUAAUUUUCAAGGAAUACUUUUUCUGUAGUAUUAACUGGAGAAAAGUCUAUAUAAACCAAUAUAUAAUAUAAUAUAGUUUAUUUUAUUUAUUGUUUUGAUCAAUUUGACCAAUGUGUAGCUGUAAUCAAAAAGAUAUCAGAUGGAAUUCAUUAGUUACCUUUUAUUGAAAUUCAUAUUUUGGUUUUAACAGUUUUCUGGUAUUUUCUGCUCUUAAAAAAAUGAUAUAGUAAAUUCUUUUAUUCAUAUUAUAAUUAUACAGAGUGAUGAUCAACAUAAAUUUUAGAUGCUAUGUUAAAAGUUAUGCACUUCAUUAUUUCAGAAAAUAUUCUCUUUUCGGAAUUUGUUUUUUAGAACAUUUAAGAAAUUAUAAACCCUGUUUUAGUGGGUGAAACCUUUACCUACUUUUGAUUAUCAAAUGGCAAUCUAUUUAACAAUUACAUAAGUAAAUUGAACAUUAGUUAAAAUAAAAUCAAUUUAAAAAACUUAAAAGUGGAAUACAUUAAUGGGUUGACAGAAAUCUAAAAAAUUUAACACAUGCAUUAAUUUAAACUAACAUUCCAUCUAUUUAUAGAAAUUUUAAUAUGGGUUGCUAUUUGAAAAUCAAAAUUAGGCAGUGGUUUCAUCCCAUUAAACAAGGUUGACAAAGAAAAGAUCAAUGGAACAUUGUUGAGUUACUUAUUGUUUAAAUUAUUUAAAAAAACAAAUUCCGAAAAAGGUAAUAUUUUCCAAUAUAAUGAUUGUAUUUCAUUAUGUUGAUUACUUUGUAUAUUUGAAUUAAAUAAUAAUUAAAAAGCCAAGUUUUGACUAAUUUUCUCCUGAAAUUUGUAUGAAAUUAAUAAUACAAUUUAUUUGUUAUGAGUAUGUGUACUUUAUAACUAGUGGAGUUCAGUCAUAGCCAAUGUCAAUUAAAUUAUUAAAAGCUUACAUAAAUGGCUUGUAAAAAUCUAUUUUUUCCUAAUUUUUUAAUUCAAGGCAACUAAAUUAAUUUAAUUUUCAUAUUUUAAGUAAAACAUUAAGUAUUUUAAUCACCCAUAUAGAAAUUUAAAUUAAAAAAUCUGAUAGGUGUAAUAAGACCAUCUUUCUUUUUAUGUUUAAAAUGUCAUAUUACUUGGUGCUUUAGAUUUGGAUGGACACAAGAUAGGAAAAACAUUACUUUUGAACUUGUGAAAUGUAUUUUACUGCCUAUUGACUUUUGGCAAUUUCUUCUAUAAAAUAUAUUAUUUGUUAUAACUAUUUUUUUUUAAAAAGAAAAUAAAUAUUUUGUUGCUGACUUUUACUAUAUUAUUAUUGUUUUUAGUUGGUCGUAAUGGAUCGGGAAAAAGCAAUUUCUUUUAUGGUAAAUUAUUUGUAUACCCUACAACUAUAUAAUUUAAUUAUUAUUUAUUAAAUUUUGUUAUUUUUUAUUUUUAUAGCUAUACAGUUUGUUCUAAGUGAUGAAUUCUCCCAUUUACGCCCUGAGCAAAGACAAGCAUUGCUUCAUGAAGGAACAGGUCCUAGGGUUGUUACAGCAUAUGUGGAAAUUAUUUUUGAUAAUACUGAUAAUCGUUUACCAGUGUGUUUCAAAAUUAAAUUAUUUUUAAUCAUUAUUAACUUAAAUUUUAUUGAUUCCUUAUAAUUUUUUUUUUUUUAGAUUGAAAAAGAAGAAGUUAUUCUGCGACGUGUGAUUGGAGCUAAAAAAGAUCAAUACUUCUUGAAUAAAAAAAUGGUACCAAGAUCUGAUGUUACAAAUUUAUUGGAAUCGGCUGGAUUUUCUCAUUCAAAUCCAUAUUACAUUGUUAAACAAGGAAAAGUAUAAUAACUAUUAUGUUUAUUUUUAAUUAAUUAUUAAUAAUGAUUGAAUUGUUAAUUUGUGAUAGAUUAAUCAAAUGGCUACAGCACCAGAUUCUCAGAGAUUAAAAUUAUUGAGGGAAGUGGCUGGUACUCGAGUUUAUGAUGAACGAAAAGAAGAAUCUAUUGAUAUAUUAAAAGGUAUUAAUAAUAAAUGCAUUAUAUUAUUAAUGAUUUUAUACUUGUUGAAUGUAAUGAAUUUGUUUAAAGUUAAGUCUACUACUCAAGUUUUUGAUGACUACAAAAACGUUUCUAAAAAAAAAAAAUGAGUUAAGUUAAUGAAUUAUAUUUUUAGAUACACAAACCAAAUUGGAAAAAAUUGUUGAGUUUAUUAAAACUAUAGAAGAGCGCUUGCAAACACUGGAAGAGGAAAAAGAAGAAUUAAAAGAAUAUCAGGUUUGGGAUAAAAAAAGAAGAACAUUGGAAUUUUGUAUUCAUGAUAGAGAAUUGAAGGACACUAAGAGAAAAUUAGAGGAAGUAAUUAUACAUAUGAGCUAUCAAUUCAUUCAAUUUUUCCUUUAGCUAAAUUUAAAAUUAAAAUUAAAAUGUUGUUUAGUUAGAGGGUAAAAUCAAUAAUUUUGAUGGAGAACAGAAAGUACUUGCAUCUAAAGUUAAGGAAGCCUCUGAACAAGCAAAAAAAGCAGGGAAACAUUUGCGUGAUUCUAAACGGGAUGUUCAUGCUGCAAAAGAUGAAAAAGAAACAUUAAGCUUAGAUCAACAAGAGUUAAUUAAACAAAAAACAAAAUUAGAUUUUGCUAUUAAGGAUUUGUCUGAUGAAGUGGCUGGAGACAAUUCUUCAAAAGUUAGCUAUUUAAUUAUUUAUAAUCUAUAUAAAUAUAAAGGGAAUAGAAAUAUUAAUAUAUGUCACAAAUCAAUUUAUUCUUUUGAUAGGAAAGAGCAGAAAAUGAAUUAAAAAAGCUUCAAGAAACCAUUAAAACUAAAGAGACAGAACUUCAACUUUUAAAACCCAAAUAUGAAUCUCAAAAAAAGAAGGAAGAGAAUUGCGCCAGAGAGUAAUUAUAAUUUCACUAAUAUUAAUAAUAAAUUAGAAGUUAAUCAAUUUUUUAUAUGUAUAUUAUUGAAAUUUAGGCUUGCCUUAAAAGAACAAAAAAGAAAAGAACUAUAUGCAAAACAAGGCCGUGGUAGUCAGUUCACUUCAAAAGAAGACCGUGAUAUGUGGAUACAAAAAGAACUCCGGUAAUAAGUUCUUUCGAAUUAAAAUUUAUUUUAAAGUAAAGAAUAUUGCUAUGUUAUACAUAUUAUUCAGCAAAAUAUUUUUGUUUUAGUUUAAACAAAUUUAAUUUAAUAACCAUCUAAUUUUAAUUAAUUGUUUAGAUCUUUAAAUAAACAAAUUAAAGAUAAAAGUGAUCACAAGGAAAAAUUGAUUGAGGAUUUAAAACAUGAUGGAGAUAGACAAAAGGAAUUGGAAGGAGAAAUUUUGGUAUAUUAUGAAUAUUAAUUUUAUUGUUAUUAAAAUGAACCUAUAUAUUUUUUGUGUUUAUUUUUAGGUUAAUUCUAUUGAAUUAGAAAAACAAAGGGUUGCUAUAGAUGAAUACAAUAAACAGUUUUAUGAAUUAAAAAAAUUAAGAGACCAGUAUCAAAGUCAGAGAAAGUAAGUGUCACAUUCAACUAUGUUAAGACCUUAGAGCCCUUUCACUGCUUUUUUUUUAGUGCAAACUUCUGUGCUGGUAUGAGUACAAUUUUAUUUUUGAAGAUUUUUUUUUUUUUGUUGUGAAUUGUAAAUUUUAAAUAUUUUGAAUCAUUAUUUCAGAAGAUAUUAGUUAGAACAGUUUCUCAAUUUUUGAAUUAUGGAAACACACUAUUAAAAUAUUUCUUACUUUUAACAAACAAUUAAAAAAAAAAAGUAAUACGUUAAAUAUUUAAUUUUAAUUACUAAUGUAAGCUUAAAAAAUAAUAAAGAAGAAAUAAAGCAUAAAGCAUUUAAUAUUUUUAUGAAAAAUUUGAUAUAUUCUAUCAUAGACCAUCAUAUGGGUUACAAUAAGAAUAAUUAUAAUGAUAAAUGUCAAUAACAGAUAAAUUAUUUUUAAUAAUCAUUCAAAUUUUAUCAAAUGGUUAUUAAUUACUAUACAUUUUGUCAAAAAUGUUUGUACAUUUUGUGUCAUACAUUGGUUGAAAGACUGAGAGAUUGGUUCCCAAAAUAGUAGACAUUAUCUUUAUUCUAUUAUUAAUAGCAUAAUUGAGAUUUAUCAAUAGGGAGGGUUAUAGGUCUUCAAAAUUCCUAACCUAACCAUUAACUAUGCUGUCUAUUAACCUUGGAUAUGCAUUAGGAAAUCGGUAUUUAAAUAAUGAUACAAUUUAUGACUAGACUAAAUUUUUCACACUUUAUUACAAGUUUUUUUCAUUAUUAUUAUAUCUUUAAAUUUAUCUAAUAAUUUACUAAAUGAUGGUGUUAUUAUAUUGAUAAAAAAAGCUAUUGUUGAUUUUUAGUAUGAUAGUAUUAUAGAGAUAGUGAAAGAGUUAAGAAAAUAAUUCAAACCUAUCAAAUAAAAUAUUAAAUAUUUUUACUGAUGAAAAUAAAAUGGGUUUUUUGUUUCAAAUUGUUUAUAUAUAUCUAAUUUUUAUUUUAUUUUGUGAUUCCAGUAUUAAUUUAAGGCUUUUUACCAAAUUUUUCCAAAUAUAAGAAAAAACCAUAUUUGCUACAAUAAGAAGUAUAAAGUAUAGUGAUUCAUUUAGAGUUAUUUUUUUCAAAAAUAAAAAAUUUUAAUUUCAUUGGGUAAUCUUUAUUAUUAUAUCCUUUAAAUGCUGGCCACAACUGUGGUUAACAUGGGCUAUUCUAAAAUUCCAAUUUUCAAAGACCCAUUCAAGUAUUUCGAACCUUAUUUGGCUAAUGACAUGUAUGAUGUUGGCUUCCAAUUUUCUAACAGGCUACACUCGGAUAGACUUGGCUAUGUAGACUUUGGACUUCGUGUAGCUUAAAUGAAAAAAGUUGAGAGGUGUAAUAUCACAUGAUCUGGGUGACCAUUUAAUCAAUUUGAAUCAUGAAAUUAAUUAUUCUCGCAGUAUCUUUAUGGUUUCAAGUAGCGCCAUCUUGUUAAAACCAAAUGUCAUCUAGAUCACUGGUAUCAAUUUCAGGCAGAAAAUUAUCAUAAAAUUAUCACUUCCAGCUAUAUUUUCUUCACUAGAUUCUUUAUUGGAUGUGGCCCAUUUGGUCCUGUGUUAUUCAAUAAUGAAAAUUGGGUUUGUACAAAUUUGUACAAUUGUUUAAAAUUGGCCAAUUAUGCUGAUAAAUUUCUCUCUUCUAUAAGCCUACGUCCUCAUAGAAUGUUGAUUUUUUUUACAGUUGAUUUUUAUACAGUUAGUUAAAUAAUUUAUAGAUACUAUGUCAGGUUAAGUAUUUCUAUGAUGAAAUGUCAAACAAUACUUAAUAAAAAUACCACCACAGAUUGAUAUAACUUGAUACACUUAUCUGUCAUUAAAUCCAAUUUAAAAAUAAUACCUCUAAAUCAGUGACUCUCAAAGGAAUGGGUGGUACCACUUCCUUGUGGGAUUUUUAAUUUUAAGGGGCUUUUUACUUAAGAGGGCAGUUCGACUGUGACUAAAAAUAUAUGAUUAAAAAUAUAAUUUGCUAUUAUUAAAAACAAUAAACUUAUUGCAUGUGAAAUGUCUAAUUGCAUCCAAUAAAAAAUAAUUUUAUAUUUUUAAUUUUUACAUACUACAGUAAUAGCGAAAUGAUAGUAAACUAGUUUUUCUUUACCAUAUUGAUGCCAAUAAGCUUUGUUUGGUAAUAUUUUCAUACUGAUAUUUUAGACAGUUGUAUACUUACAUUUAUUACAUGAAGUUAUAAUUUAGUGUGUGUGUACAUUAAAGUUAUACUAAUUCAUAAUUAUAAUUAAAAUGUCCAAGAAAAAAAAGUUUAGAAAAUAUUUUUUUUUCACUUUAAUUAAAUAGCUGAUUAUAAAAAUUAAACUGUAAUUAUUUUCUUAAAUUUAUUUGGGAUGCGGGAAUUUUUGAAAAUCUGAAAUUGGCGUUGAGUAAAAAUAAGUUGAAAAUACUGUUCUAAAUGAAUCACCUGUUACUAUAGAUAUUUUUGAUAUUGCAAUUAAGUAUUUAAAGUUAAACAUUAUCUUAAAUAGUUAAAUUAUUAGAAUAUAAGUAUAGCUUUCUUAAUAUUAAUCUAGCAUAUAAAUCUAAAAUAAUUUCAGACUUUAAAAACAUUUUAAGUAUUUUUUUUUUCUUUUAAAAUCUCACCAAAUAAUUAAAAUUAAACCAAAGUUAUUCUGAUACUAUUUUUAUUCAUAGAUAAUGUGGGUUAUUAAUUUUUUUUUGUUUCAAAACAAUUAAAAGUGUUCAAUGGGUUUUAUUUUUGUAGUGAAUUAUGGCGUAAAGAAAACUCUAUUCAGCAUAGUUUGUCAUCUCUUAAAGAGGAGUUAGCUAAAGCUGACCAAGUUCUCCGGAGUAUGGCUGGAAAAGUAAUUAAUACGUCUUAAAAUAUUCAAUAAUAAAUAAAUCAAUAUUUUCUAAUUUUUAUUUUUAGGCUAUUUUAAACGGCAGAGAUAGUGUACGUAAAGUGUUAGAUGUGUUUAAAGAAAAAGGUGGUCCUUACCUUGAUUUGGUUGGUCAAUAUUAUGGACAAGUUAUUGAAAAUUUUGAAUGUGAAAAUAGUAUUCAAACUGCAGUUGAAGUUACAGCAGGUGGAAGGUAAGAAAACAAAUAUUUUGUUAAUUGGAUUUUAUUUUGAAUGGGUUGGAUCAUAGAAUAUUGAUACAAUAGAAUGCCAUUAGUUUCUGAUACCCAUUACUCCUGAGCAGUGAAUGAUUAUUGACAAUGUAUAAUAUAAUAGAAAGUUAAAUAAGUAAUAGUAAAAUAAUGAUGGCUUGUGAGAACUGAGUUCUUUAAAUUUAUUACGAUCCCUGCUUUUUUUUUAAAAACGUAGUGACCAUUACUUAUAUUUUUAUUUUUAACCUAAUACUACUAAUCUUACAAAGAUAAAACUGGUGUAAUAUCGUUAUUUGAAACUGAUAAGAAAAAAUCUGUACCUGGCCUCCUUUUUAUAUACCCAAAAAAUUGUGCCAAUCAAAGUAUUUAACAAUCUUCCAGGCAGGUAUUGUCAGGCCCUGCAGGCCUCUAAGAAACAGUAUUUUGUUGUUAUAUUAUUAUAAUAAUGAAAAAUAAUUGGAUUUUAGAAUCCAUGUUUGUUCUUUAAAGUCAUUUGAAAAAAACAAUACUUAUGUUACUUAUACACCCUAACAAGCAGCAUUUAUUUGACUAGAUUAUAAACAAUGAAGUCACACAAAUUAUGUAUGAUAAAGGUUCAUAAACAGGAAAAAGUUAAAAUCACAAUUGAAACUGGAUAAAAGUUUUAGACAACAAACAGAACAUAAGCCCGUGGUAACAUACUGUAUGUUUGCAUACUCUUUAGGCUACCAUAAAUUUCUAAAAUGGCUAGACAGUAGAAUUAUCAAAAUAGUGUUACCACAAUUCAUUUUUAUUCAUAGAGUAAGCAUUUUCCAUGCAAUUUGAAAUUACCAUAGCCAUUGAAUGGUUGGAUUUAUUUUCAGUUAAACUGAGAGUAAAAAGAAUUCAGCUAUAAGUCUACAGAAUCUGGGUCGAAAUUACUUAAAUUAAUUUGGAAUAAAUUUUCUUAUGCUAUGUCAUUUAAGAACUGGGCAAAAAGCUAAUUGGCAGCGGAUACAUAGAAAUUUGCCGCAUUUUGGGAUUUAUUUUUACACAUCAAGCUUUUUAUUAAGAGUUAUUUAUAUUUUGUGAUUAACCAAAUAAAAUGUUUUGUUUUAUUUGCGUAAUCUUGUAGAAGAAAAAAAAGUGUCUUAUUCAAACAACUUGCUGGGUGAAAUCCUAAUUGAAAACACAAUAUUUGGAAGCCAGCGUUAAAUAUAUUUAAUCCCUCUGAUAUUUAACUAUCAUCAUUUAUUUGUACAAUAAUGAACAUUGGAUAAUGAAUAAGUAAAUACAAUGAGAAAUAAGUGUUGUGAAAAAUACUAUUCAGGUAGAUGUGUGAAGUAGAUAGCAUAUAAGAGGGUUAAGUUAUUCCAAAAACAGAGUAUAAACAGAGAACAAAUUGAAAGGUUUGAAUAGUUUUUUAGGUAUAGUUUACUUAAGUAUAAUUAAGCCAUAGAAAUGAAUUUAUUUAUUUGUAUAGUUAACCAUGUAGGAACAGUGAAGAAAUAACAUACCUAAAAUACUAAUGAAACAAAAUAAAAUUACAAACACAUAAAUAUGUAGUUAAAUUAUAAAGAUUAUGUAACCAUCUUUUUAAUUCCAACAGCCAUCAGAUUAAAUCUUUCCAGAGAUUGGAAACCUUUCAUGCCUCCUGAAUUAGUGUGCCAUGCAUUCCUAAUUAAGGUCCAUUGUUUGUAUCAUUCCAACCUAGCACAAUGCUGAAUCUGCUAAAUUAUGUUUGACCAUUUAGUGAUUAGAUCUCUUUGACUGCACCAAAAACAGUUAAACCUUGAUCACUCUCUUCUAGGAAUUAAAAUCUUUUGAACAUUAUAUUUGGUUCCUUAAUUAGGUCAUUGUUAUACGACUUUUUAUUAUUCCAUUCUUCUUUCCAAAGUUAUUUAAAGGUAUGGUAAGUGCUGGUACUGAUCCACCAAUCAGGUUUCCAUGAUUUCAGUAUCUUUAAAGAUAGAUUUUUGAUAUUGAAAUAUUUGUAAAAACUGGUAACGAAGGGAGAGGAGUCAAUAAAACUAAAGAUAUGAUGGAUCGAGAUGAGAUCCAUAAUUGAUAAUGAUACAAAAAAUUGGUGUAUUUGUAGAAAUUAAAUAGAUUUUGGGGACUCCUAUCCUCCAAAUACUAGAAUGAAAAAGAGCAGACAAAAAAAAUUUUUUUUUUAAUAUAAAUAACAAAUAAAACAUUAAAUAACAAUAUUAUUUUUAUAUUUUUUAGAAUGUUUUUUCAUAUUGUUGAGUCUGAUAAAAUUGGUACACAAAUAUUAAAAGAAAUAAAUAAUCAGAAUUUACCUGGUGAAGUUACUUUUAUGCCAAUAAAUAGAUUAACAGUUCGAGAAAUAAAAUAUCCACAGUCUAGGGUAUGUACAGUUAUUUUUUAUUUUAUAUUAAAUUUAAAAAAGUAUAAUUUAUUUUAUAUAUUAAGUCAUUUUUUAAUUUUUAAUCAUUUCAGGAUGCUAUUCCCAUGGUUAGUAAGCUUAAGUAUGAGCCACAUUUGGAUAAAGCCAUGAGAUUUAUCUUUGGAAAAACAUUAAUAUGUCGAAAUCUUGAAAUUGCUACUACAAUUUCUAAACAAAGUUUACUAGAUUGUAUAACAAUUGAUGGAGACCAGGUAACGUUUUUAUUUUUAAAAAAUAAAUCAGUAAUAUGCCACAUAAAUAUUUAAUAAUUAAAACUAAUUAAAUAUUAAUUAAAAUACAAUUAGGUUUCGUCUAAUGGAACAUUAACAGGUGGUUAUUUUAAAAAUAUGAGGUCCAAGUUGGAAAUACAAAAACAACGUAAUGAUCUAAUUAGUCAAAUAAAUGCAUUAGAAAUAGAACUUACUGAUUUAAAAACAAAAUUAAACGAAGUUGAAGUUAAUGUUAACUCAUUGAUGGGUAAUAUGCAAAAAACAGAAACAAAAAAUAGUAAAUCCAAGUAAGAAUUUGUAUACAAUAUACUUUAUACGAGGGCAUACCCAAAAGAAACCGAACUGAUGUUGUGUGGGACAGUUUUAGUAGUACCGAUUUUUUUCUGGUAGGGGUGUAUAA